UUGUUUGAUAUUUGAUCUAUGAGGAUACAUUUCUAUAUUUGAAGGCGUCGUUUAUAAAUAUCUUCUUUUAUUCUCUACCGUUGUAAAAUUCAUCUCUCGAUUUUUCAAGGCACCUUUUUUUGUAUCAGUAAGCUAAACAACGCUGACGAAGCACGCUUGUAUACAUUCCAGUGAAGAGUGGACCGACAUCUAUGAAAGUCAACGAAAGAAACAAAUUAAUGAAUGGAUGCUACGUGCUGCUAGGUAAAGGUUAUGAGUGCUCUUGGGGAAAUGACAUAACUCCAGUAAGACGAAGGCUUUUAAGUUUUCAGACUGUCGUAUUAGUCGGGCUAGUAUGUUAUUUCCGCGUUGUUUAGGUUCAACCAUAGUCUAACAAGUAAGACUGUGUUUCAACUUUCAAUACAUGUAAACCCACUCGUCACAAUUUUUUGCGAUAGCUUGUAUGCUGGUAUCGAUUGUCGAUAGGCAUUUUGUGUAGCGUAUAUUUCGCCUCGAUAAUGAGUGUGAUUAGUAAAUUAUCUUUCAGUUGUAUGAAUCUUUGCGUUUGUUUUCAAUUUGUCUGUUUAAGUCAAGGCGUGAGUGUUGUGCGCACGUGGUUUUGUUUGGAACAUUCGGAAUAAUGGUGAAGCGGACUUGGCAGGAAACAGCGACUGACAGAGAGGAAUCCGAUGGAAUUGCGCUGCCUACUACACGAUAUUCUGACGACCCUGUGCCGAAGAAGGUGAAAUGGAUUAACAAGCAACGCGUGCUCGUGUUCGCCACACGGCGCAUUUCACAUAGGGACAGGCAUCUCAUGGAAGAUAUUAAAACGUUGAUGCCGCACUGUAAACAUGAAAGUAAAAUGGAAAGAACAGAAAAUUUGUUCGUCGUGAACGAGAUAUGCGAAAUGAAGAACUGCAAUAAGUGCAUACUGUUUGAGGGCCGCCAUAAGCGUGAUUUAUAUUUGUGGAUAUCAAAUGUACCGACAGGACCCUGUGCAAAAUUUUUGGUUGAGAACACAUACACAAUGGCAGAACUGAAGUUCACAGGAAAUUGCUUGAAAGGAUCAAGACCACUACUCUCAUUUGAUGAAAAUUUCACAAAAUAUCCACAUUAUGCACUUCUGAAAGAGCUCUUUGUACAGGUAUUUGGAACUCCAAACAAGCAUCCAAGAAGUCAGCCAUUCAUUGACCAUGUCUUCACGUUCUCUGUUCUUGACAAUCGAAUAUGGUUUAGAAAUUUUCAGAUUCUCUCUGAAGAUGGUGCUCUUACUGAAAUAGGGCCACGAUUUGUGUUGAAUCCUGUCAAGAUAUUUGGUUCAAGUUUUGGUGGGCAGACACUAUGGGAAAAUGCCUCGUAUAUUUCUCCUGCUAAGUACCGUCAGCAGAUAGCCAAAGCUGCAUCAGGGAAGUACAUAAAUCGAAUUGAGCAGAAAGUGGCUUAUGAAAAAUCAAAGCCUAAAGAAUCAUACAAGUUAGACGAGACAGAUGAUAUAUUCCAUGGCGAUCCCAUAGAAAAAGCAGCCGAAAUAGCGAGCAAAGAAGGAAAAGCAUUGAAACUGAAAGCAAAAGUAAGGAGUCAUAAACUUGAUAAGAAAAAGAGGUUACUUAAAAAGAAUCUGAAGAAAAAGAAGAAGAAGAAGAACAGACCAGCUGAAAAUGUACAAUAAUAAUUUAAAAUUUGUUCGUGUGACACCUGAAAUGAUCUUAUUGCAGACAUUAUGAGUUUUAUGGAUGCGCUAUGUAUAUAUAAGUAAAACUGUUGGAAGAAAUAAGAUAUUUCAGUGUUUGUAAUAUUUUUUUCUCACACCUUAUGUGUGUAAUAUUUUUGUGAAAUAUCCAGAAGAUGCUGUGGAAAAUAAAUUUGCUUAGUCACAGAA